UGACGUCAUCACUCAGCGUCCUGACAGCUGAUCCGAGGCAGCAUGCGCCGCUGGUGUCGGUCCGGCCUGACCUUGCUCUUUGGAGCGGGGCUCGGAGCCGCAGCGACCCGUUUAUGGAGCGACGGGUCCGGGCAGGAUGGUCGGGACUCCGGCCUGCUCAGCAGGCUUCCGGUCAUCCCGGUUUCCGCGGUUCAAGCCUCCACGCUGCCGGCGGACAGCUCGGGUGGAUCUGGAGCAGUGAUGAAAUACGGAUUCCCCUCGCUGGUCAACGUCAAAACCAGAGAGUCCUACGUCACAUCCUACGAUCCGCGCACUCGCACUGCAAACUGGGUAAUCGAGAGGCUGAAUCCCGCAGCCCUCACAGGCCAAUCAGACCGAAAGUACUGCGAGUUCAAAGAGGACGAUAGCGUGCACGUUUUCCACAGAGCGACCAACGCUGACUACAAGGGGAGUGGCUUUGACAGAGGCCACCUAGCUGCUGCAGGAAAUCACAAGUGGAGUCAGAAAGCGAUGGAGGACACCUUCUACCUGAGCAACGUGGCUCCACAGAACCCUCACCUAAACCAGAAAACCUGGAACAACCUGGAGAAGCUGUGCCGCUCUCUGACAAAGCGCUACCUCAACGUCUACGUUUGCACUGGUCCACUCUACCUGCCCAGAAGAGAAGCAAAUGGAAACCUCUACGUGCGAUACCAGGUGAUCGGGAGAAACCAUGUGGCGGUACCAACCCACUUCUUUAAGGUGCUGAUCCUGGAGCAGGCAGACGGGAGGGGGGUGGAGCUACGGUCCUACGUUUUACCAAACGAACCGGUUGAUGAACAGAUCCCUCUAGAGACUUUCCUGGUUCCCAUAGAAACCAUCGAAAGAGCUUCUGGGCUCCUCUUUGUCCCAAACAUCAUGAAGAGGACAAGCAGCCUGCAGGCCAUCACCCACAAGUGAACUACAGUACCCAGCAUCCCCUUUUCCGUAACCCCGCCUGAGGAUCUUUCAGGUGGUCUUUAUUUGACAGGAGAGCCUCAUGGAUGAUUGACAUCAGAGACGAUACAUUUUAUGACCGUGGCUCCAGGUCCUUUGACUUCCAAGCACCUCAAACUGAUUAGCAGUUUUACUGUAGUUGAUCAUAGUAAAAAUACUACUGAUAAGUAAAAAUGUGAGGACAAUGUCUGAAAAAAGGUUCAGUUAUCUCGCAAAGAACUGCACAAGUCCUGAUCGGCUGGGGGUUAGCUGUUGUCCACCUCGAAAUCCUCGUCCGUGCUUAGGAUGUCGGACAGCCCGUACGUGACCUCUGCCUGCAGACCCUGGGAGUCUGGCGCCGUCCUGCAGGAGCUCAGCCUCUUCUGCAGAGCCGGGACCGUGUGGUAAUGCAGGAAGGCGAUGAUGUCUGUGGAUCCAAGUCACCAGUUAGAACCACGGAAAAAGGCCAAGAAAUGGGAGGACGUUCAUUCUGCCGACUCCUGUUUAGGGACAACGCAGAUUUGGGUCCAAACUUUCUGAUCACGUGUUAAUGUCAGACCCUUUAACUUAAAGAGAACCCCAAAACAGGAAUCGUAACCUCAUCAAUUUAACAAAGAGAACACAAACUGCGCUCACUGUUUGGAGAACAUUUAUGCCGACCAACUGAAUGUUUGUCAUUAAGAUAUACAGUAAAAAUGGAUUACAAACAUGCAUAUUGAAUAAGUGGGGAUGUGUUUUGCUUUCUUUGUUCCUAAAAGCUUCUUUCACUGUGCAGACGAUCCCAUGAGACUUCCUGUUUUGCCUAAUCUGACCAAGGAAAAUAGGUUCAGCUGCUGUAAUCCCUCACAAAUAUAAUCCAGGCCAAUCCUCAAAA